GGACUUUGUGGUGAGAGGAGAAAAAUAAUGGAAAAUGAAUUAUGUGAUAAUGAGGUUAAUUGUAAUACACAGUCGUUAAGGAUUGAUUUUACUGAAGAUGAAACAGAAGAAGAAGAGAAAACAUCAUUUCACUGUGAUGUCUGCAACAAGUCCUUCUUUCUCAAAGAUGAACAGACGAUUCACAAAUGUUUCCAUGCAGGAGAGGAUCUCUAUCGCUGUGACAUCUGUGGUAAAUCAUUCUCUGAAAAGGUUCGUUUGACCACACAUAAACACAUUCACGCAGGUGUCGAGCCGUAUCGCUGUAAUACCUGUGGUAAAUCAUUCUCUCAGAAUCAUAGCUUAGCUAUUCACAAAUGCAUCCACGUUGUGGUUAAGUCACAUCAUUGCGAUAUCUGUGGUAAAUCAUUCCCUGGAAAUAGCGACCUAACCACUCACAAACGUAUUCAUACAGGAGAGAAACCAUAUCAGUGUGAUAUCUGUGGUAAAUCAUUCUCUGGAAAUAGCAACCUAACCACUCACAAACGUAUUCAUACAGGAGAGAAACCAUAUCAUUGUGAUAUCUGUGGUAAAUCAUUCUCUCAUAAUCACCACUUAACUACUCACAAAUACAUUCACACAGGAGAGAAACCAUAUCAUUGUGAUAUCUGUGGUAAAUCAUUCUCUCUGAAUCACCACUUAACUACUCACAAAUACAUUCACACAGGAGAGAAACCAUAUCAGUGUGAUAUCUGUGGUAAAUCAUUCUCUGGAAAUAGCAACCUAACCACUCACAAACGUAUUCAUACAGGAGAGAAACCUUAUCACUGUGAUAUCUGUGGUAAAUCAUUCUCUCAAAAUCAGAACUUAACUACUCACAAAUACAUUCACACAGGAGAGAAACCAUAUCAUUGUGAUAUCUGUGGUAAAUCAUUCUCUAGAAAUAGCGACCUAACCACUCACAAACGUAUUCAUACAGGAGAGAAACCAUAUCAUUGUGAUAUCUGUGGUAAAUCAUUCUCUCAGAAUCAAAACCUAACGAGUCACAAACCUAUUCAUACAAGAGAGAAACCUUAUCACUGUGAUAUCUGUGGUAAAUCAUUCUCUGAAAAUCGCAACUUAACUAAACACAAAUACAUUCACACAGGAGAGAAACCUUAUCAGUGUGAUAUCUGUGGUAAAUCAUUCUCUAGAAAUAGCGACCUAACCACUCACAAACGUAUUCAUACAGGAGAGAAACCAUAUCAGUGUGAUAUCUGUGAUAAGUCAUUCUCUAAAAGUAGUCAGUUAAUUGAACACAAACGUAUUCAUACAGGAGAGAAACCAUAUCAUUGUGAUAUCUGUGGUAAAUCAUUCUCUCAAAAUCACCACUUAACCACUCACAAAUACAUUCACACAGGAGAGAAACCAUAUCAUUGUGAUUACCACUUGAGUAAACACAAACCUAAACACAAACGUAUUCAUACAAGAGAGAAACCUUAUCAGUGUGAUAUCUGUGGAGAAUCAUUCUCUCAAAAUCAAAACUUAACUAAACACAAAUACAUUCACACAGGAGAGAAACCUUAUCAUUGUGAUAUCUGUGGUAAAUCAUUCUCUAGAAAUAGCGACCUAACCACUCACAAAUACAUUCACACAGGAGAGAAACCAUAUCAGUGUGAUAUCUGUGGUAAGUCAUUCUCUGAACGUAGUCAGUUAAUUAAACACAAACGUAUUCAUACAGGAGAGAAACCAUAUCAUUGUGAUAUCUGUGGUAAAUCAUUCUCUCAAAAUUACCACUUAACUACUCACAAAUACCUUCACACAGGAGAGAAACCUUAUCACUGUGAUAUCUGUGGUAAAUCAUUCUCUCGAAAUCAUCAUUUAAUUACUCAUAAGCGCAUUCAUACAGGUGAGAAACCCUAUCCCUGUAAUAUUUGCGGUAAAUCUUUUUCUCAAAGUUACCACUUGAGUAAACACAAACGUAUUCAUACGGGAGAGAAACCAUAUCAUUGUGAUAUCUGUGGUAAAUCCUUCUCUCAGAACCAUACCUUAAUUUCUCGCAAACACAUUCACACAGGAGAGAAGCCUUAUCACUGUGAUGUAUGUGAAAAGUCUUUCUCUCAAAAACGUAACUUAACUACUCACAAACAUAUCCACGCAGGAAAGAAGCCAUAACACUGUGAUAAUUCUAUUACUCUCUCUCUCUCUUAUACUUGUUUCAGUCAUUUGACUGCGGCCAUGCUGGAGCACCACCUUUAGUCGAGCAAAUCGACCCCAGCACUUAUUCU